CCCGGCACCCCGGAGCCGCGCUGACUCCCGGGCUGCAGGAGCCGCCCCGCGGACGGAACGAGCCGGACCGGACCGGACCGGGGCCCAGCGGCGGGUCCCUCCCAGGGGUCGGAUCGGCGGUGUCGCUUCGCUCCCGGACCAGCCCGGGGCUGCGCCAGGCGUUGAGGAGCCGGUUAAUCGAACGAGGGUCCCAGCACCGGAGCUGCCCCGGGAAGCGGAGCGGGGCUGGAAUCCUGCGAGAUGCACGGGGGCCGUAGCGCCCCGCUGCCCCUUUGAGCAGAGACAGUGCCAGGGAAGGGGCUCUGCCAGCCAGGAGCAGGGCGGGACCCCGCUGCAGGCAAGGGAAGGGAGCCCCUGCAGUUAACCCUGGCCAUGGAAGGGGCUUGGCUGUGAGACCCCCAGCUCCUGCCAAGAGUCCAGGCUACUUGUGCCCAUCUUCCCUGGGCAAGGGCAGCCAUGGCCUGCUGGUGGGCCGGCUGGCUGCUCCUGCUGGCAGAGGCUGGGGGGGCCCGCCUGGAGCAGGGGAUGCUGGAGUCCUGGGCGCAGGCGGCUCCAUGGCUGGGAAACACAUCCGGGUCCCAGGCCAGCAGCCUGCAGCGCCGCCUGCCCCAGGGGAUCAUCAUCGGGGUGCGGAAGGGGGGCACACGAGCCCUGCUGGAGAUGCUGGCACUGCACCCGCAGGUGGCCGCUGCCCGCUCCGAGGUGCACUUCUUCAACCGGGAGGAGAACUACCGCCGGGGGCUGGGCUGGUACCGCCAGCAGAUGCCCCUCUCGCGGCCUGGCCAGCUCACCGUGGAGAAGACCCCAGGCUACUUCUCCUCCCCCCGGGUCCCCGCCCGCGUCCGCGCCCUGGCCCCUGGCGUGCGGUUGCUGCUCAUCGUGCGGGACCCGGUGGAGCGGCUGGUGUCGGACUACACCCAGAUCCUGCACAACCGCCAGGCGCGCUGCAAGCCCUACCCUCCCCUGGAGCAGCUCCUGGUGCGGGGGGACCGGGGCCUCGACACCCGCUACAAGCCCAUCCAGCGCAGCCUCUACGCCCUGCACCUGGCCCGCUGGCUGGCCGCCUUCCCCCCAGCCCACAUCCACGUGGUGGACGGUGGCGGCCUGAUCCGCGAGCCCCUGGCCGAGCUGCGCCGUGUGGAGCAGUUCCUGGGCCUGGCGCCCCGGCUGGGCCCCGACAACUUCUACUUCAACCAGACCAAGGGCUUCUACUGCCUGCAGGCCGGGGCCCGCCAGCGCUGCCUGGACGAGUCCAAGGGGCGGCCCCACCCGCCCAUCGCCAAGCUGCUGCUGGAGCAGCUCUGCACCUACUUCAGCGCCCACAACGAGCACUUCUUCAGCCUGGCGGGGCGCACGUUCAGCUGGUGCUGAGAGGCUGUGAAAUGUUGGUAUCAGGAUGGGCAGGGCAGCUCCCCCCACCCCCCGAGCUCAGAGGACUUAGGUGCUCAGAACAGGCUGCGAGGGGGGGUCCUGGUGGGGCUGUAUCCCCUGGGCACAGGGAGUGUAGAUGGGAAAGGGGGUGGGAGGAACGAAUCAGGGCAGGAGCAGGGGGCUCCUCCCUGCCGGGACAAGGCCGAGGUCCACAGCUGCCCCAGAAGCACACUCCUAAAAGGGCCCAGAAAGAAACAUUUGCCCCACAGAACCGUGGGGCGAGGCAGGAUAGCAGGGGGGAUGAAGGGACAGGGGGCUUCUACAAUUCAGGGCAUCUGCCCCCAUGUCCCUCCUUUCAGGCUACCAGCUCCCAACCUGCCACCUCCCCAAGGGGACUGGAGACCCACCUCUCCCAACAGAGGCAUUUCCAGGCUGCCCCCUUUCCUGCCAGCUGAAUUCCCCAGCCAGCCUGCAGGGUCUUCUCUGCGGGCUAUACACAGCGUUAUGGGCCCCCCUUGAGUUAUGCCCCAGCUCUUCCUAAGCAAGCCCCAGCCUAAGGUGAAAACACGACAGAGCUCCCCUUAAACCCAACAGACGCCCCCCUCCCUUGGGUCAGGCUCACUCUGGCUGUGGCAGGCUGGCAGCCGAAGACAGGUGCCCCUUUAUUCUGGCUUUUGGCUGACUCCUGCCUGGAGGGGAGGGCAGGGUGUGGUCACCCAGUGCGCCGCGCAAGCCCUUCAGGCUGCAGCCCACAAGACUCCCCCCCCCAUGCGAACCCCACCCCACACCGCAGGGGGGACUGGUGGUUGGGGUGGCCCAGCCAACGCCGAGCUCAGCUGCCCCCUGGUCACCCGUGGCCAUUGCAGGUCGGUGCCCGUGGAGCAGCUGGGCCAGCCCACCCCCCCGGCAGCACACCGAGGGAGGGAGCAGCCACAGGCCAGGCCAGAGCACCCAGUCCUUGCACCUUCGCCCGCACAGGGGUCACGGCCGCUUAGAGCAAUGUGGUUACCGCCCUCUAGUGUCUGGCUCUGGGAACUACAGCUGCCUGCGGCACCCUUAGAAAGGCAAUGGGGUGGGGUUCUGGUGCUGGAGUCACUCAGAGCCCAUGGGGGCACGUCACCCCUCCCCCCGUUUGCUACAUAACUCAGAACGCAGCCUCAGACCUGGAGCACUGAAGUGUGGCCCCCACCGGCACACCCAGCAUGAGCGUUAACAGUGCCAGCCCCCGGUCCUGCGUGGGGUUUGAGCCAUCGAAGGCCCAAGGGCCUUGGCCUCGCAGCAAAGGAAAUAGGGAUGAACGCCCUUAGCUAGAGCACAACCUCACACCCAGCCCGUAGCUUAGCUCAGCCCUAGGGGCUCCCUCCCCCAGGGUAACCAACGGCGCUGUCUUCUCAUUCCUGUACCCCACGGAACGUCAGGGCUCUGUUUGUCUGACGUGUCAGGGAGACCCCAGGGGCUGUGCUGGCACUGAGGCUGGCUGCUGCCAGCUGAACAUGGAUUAAGUUUGCUGAGAUUUUUUUAAUGGGAUACAACAAACACUAGGGAAAUGGUGUCUGCAUUGUUGGGGUUGUUUGUUCCCCCAACCAGUUCCCUCAGUGCGUGGUAAUGAAGUGUGUGUGUGUGGGGGGGGGGGGAACCUGGAUUUGUGCUGGAAAUGGCCCACCUUGAUUAUCAUACACACU